AAGUCAGCUGACUAGUGUAGUUCCGCACCUGCGCGGUGGCUGUCAGCUGACAGAUGUUCGCCGUCUCGGUUCGUGCGGCUGUGAAUCACAAACACCUGCGCGAUCAGAGCCGAUCAGCGCGAUGAGUGCUGGCACCCCGCGAUCGCUGCCCUCGUCCGGCCAGAAACCCAUCCAGGACAUCUGCCACCCUCUGUCCGCCGAGGAGUGCGCGCUGAGCCGCAGCCCAGAUGUGCUGAACCCCUGCAGCGCCGGAGAGAGGGACCUGAUCCUGCCCAAUGGGACUCCAGUAGACACAUCAAGCCCCGCCUCCUCUUCAUCUCUGCUGAACCGACUACAGCUCGAUGACGAUCUGGACGGAGAAACACGCGAUCUGUUUGUGACUGUAGACGACCCCAAGAAACACGUGUCCACUAUGGAGACGUAUAUCACCUACAGAGUCUGCACAAAGACCACCAGAACUGAGUUUGACCUGCCUGAGUACUCGGUAAGGCGACGUUACCAGGACUUUGACUGGCUGAGGAACAAAUUAGAGGAAAGCCAACCUACCCACCUUAUUCCACCGUUGCCUGAGAAGUUUGUUAUGAAGGGAGUGGUGGACCGCUUCUCAGAGGAGUUUGUGGAGACCAGGAGAAAGGCACUAGACAAGUUCCUCAAACGUGUUGCAGACCAUCCGGUGCUCUCUUUCAAUGAACACUUCAAUGCAUUUCUCUCAGCAAAGGACUUGAAUAAGCGUCAAGGCCUGGCUCUGCUGACUAAAAUGGGGGAAUCUGUGAAGUAUGUGACGGGCGGUUAUAAACUGAGGGCACGGCCGGUGGAGUUUGCCGCCAUGGGCGACUAUCUGGAUGUGUUCACACAGAAACUUGGCACCAUUGACAGGAUAGCACAGCGAAUCAUCAAAGAGCAAUCAGAGUUCCUGAUGGAGUUGAGAGAGUACGGGCCGGUCUACUCCUCCUGGUCGUCUUUUGAGGAGGACCUCCAUGAUCCUCUGGAGGGGGUGUCGGGGUGCGUGUCGAACUGCUCCAGCGCUCUGGAGGAGCUCACGGAGGACAUGAGUGAAGACUUUCUCCCUGUGCUCAGAGAAUACGUCCUGUACAUCGAGUCCAUGAAGAAUGUGCUUAAGAAGAGAGACCAAGUUCAAGCUGAAUAUGAAACAAAGUUGGAGGCAGUCGUGUUCAGGGAGGACAAAAAGACACUGGUGCCCUCUGAUGUGGAGAAGUGCCAGGACCGCGUGGAGUGUUUCAACGCUGACCUGAAGGCCGACUGGGACCGCUGGCAGAACAACAAGCGACAGGACUUCAGACAGCUGCUGACCGGCAUGGCCGACAAAAACAUCCAGUACUACGAGAAGUGCCUUGCAGCAUGGGAGUCCCUCAUUCCACUGUUACAGGACAAACAGGACGCAAAAGGAGAAACGAACUGAGCGUGUGUUUCAGCCGUUCUCUCAGCCGAGAGCUCAUGAUCCUGCGAGCAUGCUGUCCUCAGACCUGUGCACCGCCAGCAGAGCUUUCAUGGGAUGGCCAGGGACGGGACGCUCCUGGAGCGGACGAGCUCCAACAGUUCCAUUUUGUAAAGUGUCUUUAUUUGUUAAAGCCCAUCAAAUGCUUGUAUUUUGAUGCCGAUCCGUCCAAGGGAACAGAGACAUCAGUGUUUUUGUUUUUUGGUUCACUUUCAAGGUUUGCCAACAUUCCUCUUGCCAAAGAUGUGGAACUGAAGUUUGAUAUCUCCUUUGCUUUUUUUUCAGCAUUUCCAGAUUUCUUGGCCUCUGGCAUCACAAAAGCCUUGCCUGGAUCUGCACUCCCUCGUAAUUCUCUAAACUAAGCUGUUGCGUUGAAAUGAUGGAUGUUUUCCCAGCCAUACUUGACCUCAUUAAAUAUUUAUGACAAAA